GUGUUAUGUUUGUAUGUUAUCCACAAAACAAGACACCUGUACACAAAAUCUUAUUUUAUUUUAUUUCUUUAUAAGAUAAUCAAAACAUAAAUACUUUCUGUAUUUAGACACUACUCUGACACAUAUUGCAACAAAGUAACAAUAACAAAUCUACAAAAUUAUACAAUGACAAACAGUUUGUUCGACAGAUAACAAUUGUAUAGGAUAAAUUGAUACAAUACAUUUUUUUUUGUAUAUACACACUAUAUAUACAAAAGUAUGUGGACACCCCUUCAAAUUAGUGGAUUUGGCUAUUUCAGCAACACCCGUUGCUAACAAGUGUACAUCAAGCACACAGCCAUGCAAUCUCCAUAGACAAACAUUGGCAGUAGAAUGGCCUUACUGAUGAGCUCAGUGACUUUCAAUGUGGCACCGUCAUAGGAUGCCACCUUUCCAACGAGUCAGUUAAUCAAAUGUCUGCCCUGCUAGAGCUGCCCCGGUCAUCUGUAAGUGCUGAUAUUGUGAAGUGGAAAUCUCUGGGAGCAACAACGGCAAAGCCGCCAAGUGAUAGGCCACACAAGCUCACAGAACGAGACUGCCGAGUGCUGAAGCGUGUAGCAUGUUAAAAAUAGUCGGUCCUCGGUCGUAACACUCACUAGCGAGUUCCAAACUACUUCUGGAAGCAACGUCAGCAAAAGGACAGUUCGUCGAGAGCUUAAUGAAAUGGGUUUACAUGGCUGAACAGCCGCACACAAGCCUAAGAUCACCAUGGGAAAUGCCAAGCGUCAGCUGGAGUGGUGUAAAGCUAGCCGCCAUUGGACUCUGGAGCAGUGGAGAAGCGUUCUCUGGAGAUAUAAGUCACGCUUCACCAUUUGUCAGUCCGACGGACUAAUCUGGGUUUGGCGGAUUCCAGGAUAACGCUACCUGCCCGAAUGCAUAGAGCCAACUGUAAAGUUUGGUGGAGGAUGAAUAAUGGUCUGGGGCUGCUUUUCGUGGUUUGGGCUAGGCCCCUUAGUUCGAGUGAAAGGACAUCUUAAUGCUACAGCAUGCAAUGCUACAGCAUACAAACAUUCCAGACGAUUCUGGGCUUCCAACUUUGAGGCGACAGUUUGGGAAAAUCGCUUUCCUGUUUUAGCAUAACAAUGCCCCUGUGCACAAAGAGUGGUCCAAACAGAAAUGGUUUGUCGAGACCAGUGUGGAAGAACUUGACUGAAAUGGUCUUACAAUGCAAAAAGAAUCCUCCCGUCUUGUACCUCAAACCAUUUAAUCAAACCUCCUGUUCUUAUCUUAUUUACAUAGCUAACAGCAGCUCAAAAAACAUUCAGUGGUGUAUAAUAACCAGCCCUGCAGGUGGUGGAUGUAUUCAGUACUGCAGGUGGCGGAUGUAUUCAAUACUGCAGGUGGUGGAUGUAUUCAGUACUGCAGGUGGUGGAUGUAUUCAGCCCUGCAGGUGGUGGAUGUAUUCAGUACUGCAGGUGGCGGAUGUAUUCAAUACUGCAGGUGGUGGAUGUAUUCAGCCCUGCAGGUGGUGGAUAAAUUCAGUACUGCAGGUGGCGGAUGUAUUCAAUACUGCAGGUGGUGGAUGUAUUCAGUACUGUAUAAUAACCAGCCCUGCAGGUGGUGGAUGUAUUCAGUACUGUAUAAUAACCAGCCCUGCAGGUGGUGGAUGUAUUCAGUACUGCAGGUGGCGGAUGUAUUCAAUACUGCAGGUGGUGGAUGUAUUCAGUACUGCAGGUGGUGGAUGUAUUCAAUACUGCAGGUGGUGGAUGUAUUCAAUACUGCAGGUGGUGGAUGUAUUCAAUACUGCAGGUGGUGGAUGUAUUCAGCCCUGCAGGUGGCGGAUAAAUUCAGUACUGCAGGUGGUGGAUGUAUUCAGUAAUGCAGGUGGUGGAUGUAUUCAAUACUGCAGGUGGUGGAUGUAUUCAGUACUGCAGGUGGUGGAUGUAUUCAGUAAUGCAGGUGGUGGAUGUAUUCAAUACUGCAGGUGGUGGAUGUAUUCAGUACUGCAGGUGGUGGAUGUAUUCAGUACUGCAGGUGGUGGAUGUAUUCAGUACUGCAGGUGGUGGAUGUAUUCAAUACUGCAGGUGGUGGAGGUAUUCAGUACUGCAGGUGGUGGAUGUAUUCAGUACUGAAGGUGGUGGAUGUAUUCAGUACUGCAGGUGGUGGAUGUAUUCAGUACUGCAGGUGGUGGAUGUAUUCAGUACUGCAGGUGGUGGAUGUAUUCAGUACUGUAUAAUAACCAGCCCUGCAGGUGGAUGUAUUCAGUACUGCAGGUGGUGGAUGUAUUCAGUACUGCAGUUGGUGGAUGUAUACAGUAAUGUAUAAUAACCAGCCCUGCAAGUGGUGGAUGUAUUCAGUACUCCAGGUGAUGGAUGUAUUCAGCCUUGCAGGUGGUGGAUCUAUUCAGUACUGUAUUAUAACCAGCCCUGCAGGUGGUGGAUGUAUUCAGUACUGCAGGUGGUGGAUGUAUUCAGUACUGCAGGUGGUGGAUGUAUACAGUAAUGUAUAAUAACCAACCUUGCAAGUGGUGUAUGUAUUCAGUACUCCAGGUGAUGGAUGUAUUCAGCCCUGCAGGUGGUGGAUCUAUUCAGUACUGUAUUAUAACCAGCCCUGCAGGUGGUGGAUGUAUUCAGCCCUGCAGGUGGUGGAUGUAUUCAGCCCUGCAGGUGGUGGAUGUAUUCAGUACUGCAGAUGGUGGAUGUAUUCAGUACUGUAGGUGGUGGAUGUAUACAGUACUGUAUAAUAACCAGUCCUGCAGGUGGUGGGUUUAUUCUUCCAUCGGCCCUGGGUAUCUGGGAGAGCCUGAAGCCAUGAUCAGGGACAGAACAGACAGCUCUCCUUCUCUCUAUUCGAGUAUGGAGUGGGUUACCAAAGUUAUCAGGGGUAUAGUUCCCUACUGUUCUCAUGCAUUUUAGUGGGUUAAGGGGAUACGUUGUGUGCUUUAGUACAUAAUAUUAUGGUCAUAUGUUAUUUGGAAUAUAUAUAUAUAUAUAUAUAUAUGUACAGUU